AUGUUUUUUUGCAAAAAUAUUUUAAAUAAAACGAACAUUUUUUAUUUGUUUUUUUUUAGAAUUUAGCAGUAAGCAAAUUUACUGUAUCUUAGUUAAAAUAAAUUAUAAAAUUAUAAAAAAUUAGAUCUUUUUAUUUGCAUAUUCUUUAAUACUUACUAUAUUCUAUCUUAAGUUUAAAGUGCUAAAUAUAAAUAAAUGUAUCUAUAAAGAGUUCUAGCCACUAAAAAAGUUUAUUUAUUUUUUUAAGAAAGCAGUUAAAAUUUAAGAGCGCCAACAUGGAGAUAGAUGAAUAUGCAUGUUACAGAGGAAUGUGUUCACUUUUUUCCUCAUCUUCACUCCUUUAAAGAAAAUGAAGUCAAAUAAAAUGAAGAAAUCAUAUAUAAAACAGAUGUUACUCUUAUCCCUGAAUUAACUUUAAAACUUUGCGAAAUUGACAUUAUCAUUAACAAAGAUAAAGACACUAUUACUUAAAUCCUCAAACACUCUUAAUUUAGCUAAGAUUCAGCAUAUCCAAACCAUUAAAAUUUAAUGGAAAAAGUUAUUGAGUAGAGAAAAAAAUAACUUUAGAAUAAGUUACAAUUAGAUAAUCAGCAAGAAAAAGAGAAUAAGAAACAAAAAUAGCCAAACUUAAUAGGAGCAGCUAUCUAUUAGGUAAAACCAACAGAGGAGAUAGUAUAAGGCUAAAAAAAAAUAUUUAAUAGAACUUACAUAAUGUAUUUUGAGACUGAAAAGGACAUGAAUAUAAUUUAUAGUGCUGUUAAAAUUGGCAAAUAGUGGAGAGAUUAUUAUUAUUUUUGUGUUGAAAAUUAUAUGUAACCAGAUUAUGAUUUUCUUAAUUGGAUUGUAGAUAACUCAAAUGGAGAAGGAUAUAUACAAAAGCCUUUUAUGGUUGAAUUAUAGUACUUCGAAAAAAAUACUUCCUUAUAACAACUGUAAUCUCUACAAGUAUUUACAAAUGGUUUCAAAUAUAUAUACGGAUUAUAGUUUACUACUUAAGUUGAUAUUCAAUUACAGAACUAUUACUUUGAACCUCUUGAAAGUAUGUUUAACUCUUAAAAUUUAACAAGACUAUCUCUCUCAAAAUGCACAUUGCAUGAUGGCAUAUUGAAUACAAUGUUUCCAUAUUUGUAUAAAAGCUUUAAUUUAUUAUCUCAUUUAGACCUGAGUUACAAUCUAUUGACUGAUGCAUCUCUUGAUUUUUUAAUAUUAUAUAUCCCUAAAAUAUAAACACUAGAAGUACUGAAUCUAUCUCAUAAUCUAUUUGAGGGAGAGGAAAGGAAAUUUGCAGAAUUUAUUCAUACAAUUAAUCUACUUGAAUUGAUUGAUAACCCACAAACAGUUUAUGAUGGGUUUAAAUUGUAUAUGAGUCAUAACUAACUAAAAGAUUCAGUUUUAAAAGGCUUAGAGUAAUUUAUACUGUUUGCAAAAUAUCAUUAAUUCUUUUAUAUCGAUAUAUCACAUAAUAAACUUUCUUGCUAUGCUCUAUGGAGACUGUUUAAAGAUAUUGAGGCAAAUAAAUAUUAAGUAUUAAAUAAUUAAUCAGCUAGUAAAGUUGUCAUCAAUAUGUUUCCUCUUCCAUUUAACCCUAGUCUUAUAGAAAGUUGUGUAGAAUAUUUUUACUAAUUAUAUGUGUCUAAAAAAAAAUAUGAACAUUACAAAAAAGUUAAAUAUGAAAACAUACAACAUAUUAAUCUUAUUAGUGAAUAAUAAGAAUUAUAAAGUAUAUAAAACGUUUAAGACUAAGAUAUUUAAUACUAAAGGAAGUAGGCUUUAACUAUUUAAAUAGUGAGAAAACGCUAUUAAAAGAAUAAAGAUCUUCCAAACAAGAGGAAGUAUGUUUAAAAAAUAAAGGAUAUCAGUUAAGAAAUUAGAAAAAUAGAGUCAUACAAUUUAAAAGUUGAAGAGUAUAAAGUAUUCUGCUAGUCUAUAUAUGAGUUAGAAUUUGAAUUUCCACUUUAAAAACUAGAACCACUUUAGGCUAUCAUUUGGGAUAAGCUUAAUGAAGCUAUAUUAAUUAGAGAUCACUACUCUAUUAGCAUAUUAAUUGAGUGCUGUUACUAUAUUGGGUUAGAGGUUUAACUUUUCUAAGAUUAUUUUUAUAGAAUUAAUUAGACAAUACAUUAAAUGAACAGUGAAGAAUAAAAUACUCCAAAUACAGAGCAGAAUGGAGAGGAAAUUUAUUAAAAUUAUAAGUAUGUGUAAAAUGACAUUACAAAUGUAAUUUAGAGAAGAGAAAAUAUUUAGAAAUAGAUUGAAAAAUUUUUGAAUUUCGAUUAAUAAGACGAAACAAAAGUAAACUAUCUUCUUGACUAUCUAGUGAAAGAGGCUGUAAGAUUAGAUUUGAGAGGUAAUGCAGUCGAUUUCUUAUUAUUAAUUAAAGAAAAACGUGAUAUCUUAAUCUAGAGAUAGUUGGCUGGAAUAAUUUAAUGA